AUGGGCCAUGGAUUACAACAAAAUCCUGAUCAAACAACUUUAAACUUAUCGCCAACAAUAGAAGACGAAAACGAUUCCUUAAAGUAUACAGAUUUGAUAUCCGCAUUCAAAGAUCCAAGUUGCUUUAUUAUUGAUGCUGAUUACGCAGGAAAUAUGUAUCCGAUUUUUGCAGACGAAACAAUAGGAAACAAAGACAGAAUAGGGUUCUUUGCAUGCUCAGAAGACGAAAUACUACCAAGAAAAGUACGUUUACCAGCAGAUUUAUUUACAUCUUGUAUGUUAACUCCAGCAUACGUCGCAAUACUUCUAGAAUCACGUCAAUUCUAUGCAUUCAAGAAAGAAGGUAUCCAUGAACUAGAACUUGAAGAUUUUUCCGAAAACGGAAAUUUGAAAAAUUUAAUUAUGCCUUUUACACAAAUAAUCAACAAGAUGAUGAAUUGUCUUGUCAGAGCAAUGAGUUUAGAAGUCCUUAAACCUACUGAUCAUUACAAUAUCUUCUUCAAAGAUCCAAAAGUUUCACAUUUAUUUGUCAAUUUUUGUUUUGCACAACACAUUGGAAAUGAAAUCGGAUUUCAUCCACUUUCUUAUCCAAAAAUACCUGAUUUCACGGAGCAUCCUCUCUGGGAAUAUCUUUGCAUGUACUUAGACCAUGUUUUGUAUUAUUUAUUGGCUCCUUUCGACAACACAAAACAAAAUCAAAUUGUAAAUUACGACAAAAACGUUUUUCUUUCAGAUGUUUUGUCGUCAAUUACUAAUGCAUUGAAUGACAGGUUCAACAAAGAUAUUCCACGCCAAUUCGCCUUAUUCCCAUUGAUUUUUGAUGACGACAAUUUGGUUGAAAAAGGAAUAGAAACAUUAAUUUUGUAUUUUGACAAAAGACAAAAUUUGUCAAUCAAAAACUCAAUUUGUCUUGGAAUGAUCGAGUGUCUGACAACAAUACAAACAAAGAACCACCUCUCUUCUAUAAAAGGAAUUGCUUAUUGUCUCUGCAAAUUGUUGGCUUUCGCGUAUACAAAUAAAAACGGUUAUGAACUGUUUUUGAGUUAUCCGAAUGAUAUUUUGACAAAUUUAAUACGUGAUAAUAGUAAUGAUGUCAAUAUAACACUCGCUAUUGUCUUGCUAACAAUCAUGUGCUCUUUGGAUGGAAGUUACGUUGAAAAUUUCCCAAACAAAGAAUAUUUUGUAAAUUUGUCAAAUGGCAGAAACAAAAUGCACAUCUUUUGGUCACUUCUGUUCAUCUCUUUGUUCGUUGAUGCAUUCGAGGAACUUCCCCAAGGAGAUUUUAACCUUUUCUUCAAUAAAGUUUGCAAUUCAAUAAUUAUUGAUGAUCCCGACAUAAAAAGUGCAAGUAUUAACGUUCUUUCCAGCUUAAUUGUGCAUGAUAUCGGGUUUAUAUCAAUUGAUCUCGUAAGAAACACCAUUGUUGAGAACUAUUUGAGCCCAUCUCAAAUUGUUCGAAUGCAAACUUUCCUUUUGCUGCAGAAUUUCUUGAUAUCUGAUAUGGCGAAUGACGAAGUAUACUUUAAAGAUGUAUUCGAAUGCUUAGUUGCUAUGAAAGAUGAUGCAAAUCCAGAUAUAGCAAAUGCGGCGAAAUAUAUCUUCCAAAAGUUCCAUAAUAAAGACAAAAAUGAUGUGCUAAUAAUACCUUAUCACUCAUCAGCCCUCAUUGAUGGUUCGAUUUCCGCUUUCUUGAAGAUUAAAUUUGAUAAUUUGCAUAUCUGCACAGAUCCACCUUUCAAUCCUCAUAUUAUGCCACUAACAAAGAAAGUGUUGCCAUCAAUGGGUGCAUUCCCGCAAUCAAACUACAUUUUCAACGAAAUUGAUAAGGUAGAACAUGAUAAAAAAGUGACAACAAAUAUUGCCUUCAUUGAUGAGAAUUUCUAUGCUUUUGGAGAUGUCGAUGGCUCCAUCUGUGUACGUAAUUUCACGGAGCACAUCACAAUAAAGCACAACAAGCAGAAAUUCUUUAGAAGUGACAAUAAUUCGCCUUUAUCUUUUGUUACUCCGUUUUUGAAUGAUUCAUUGAUUACAGGAACAAAGAACGGAUUUAUUUCCAUAAUAAGCGGAAUACACGGCGAAAUGUAUCUCAAUGAUUCCUUUAAAGUUCCUGCAGCUUGUCAUUUGGAGUUGAAUUCCACAGAAUUCGAUGAUAUCAAAAACUGUUUUAUGAUUGGAACAGAAGAAGGAACUGUCGAAAUCUGGGAUGCUUCAAGAUGCCAAAACACAAACCCUAUCAAGCUGCUUGAUGAAGGAAUAUCAAAGAUACAUCUCAGCCCAGAAGAUAACUCAUUAAUUGGUGUUAUCGGAAGAAAAAGUGGCUGCUUAAAAUGGUUUGAUUCAAGAAGCGGUUUUGACAAUCCUGUAAUUUAUUAUGGAGAUGGAUUUGUUGAAUUUGAAACUGUUAAAUUCGAAAGAGGAGGUUUCCUCGCGCUAGGUAGUGACGGGAAAAUGUCACAAUUUAGAUUGAACUCGAUGAACAAAAGAAGUUUUACAUCUCUUGAUAAUUACGAGAUAUUUGAUGUAUCUUUACACAAACCUUGCUUUAUUGCAUGCGGAAAAUCGCUUGAUGUAGUUGAUUUGAUUAGUGGAACACCUUUCCACGUGCUUCCAAGGUUGUAUUCGUUCAAACCUGGUGCAAUUUCGUCAAUUGACUUUAAUUCUCAUCAACAUACUUUUUGUUUUGUUGCAAAUGGAAACACAAUACAUGCAACAAAUGUUGCUAAUUAA